CCAAUACGACAACAACCCGGAAGUGCGCCACGUCACAAAUCUGACCCAACACCCAGGGCGGUGUGGCUCAGGCCAUUUAAAACUAUGCUUCAUUCUGGAAGUGAAAUAUGUCUCUCCGUCGACUGGAAAACUUUUAAAAGACUUUGACCAGCACAUGUUUUAUUUAAUCCCGAGAUUUCAACCCUGAGGUCCGAUCUUCUGUGCUGUUUUACCGGACCAGGUUGUGCAAUGCUGCUGGACGACAUUCCGCUGUUUGAGCCGUCCCUGCUUCAGGAGUUAGACUGGAGUGACAGCAGCGUCUCUUUCUCCCCUCUCAUCUCCCCCUCCAACCCGGGGCAGGGCCUGGUGCUGAGGCCCCUCUGCACCGCUGACUUCAACAGGGGACUCUUUAAGGUUUUGUCUCAGCUAUCCGAGACAGGCGAUGUCUGCGCAGAGGAGUUUACAAGAAAGUUUGAGCACAUGAAGAAAACGGGCGACUACUACGUGUUGGUGGUGGAGGACACAAAUCUGGGGCAGAUCGUAGCCACGGCCACUCUGAUCACCGAGCACAAAUUCAUUCAUUCGUGUGCGAAGAGAGGCCGAGUGGAGGAGGUGGUGGUCAGUGACGUUUGCAGAGGAAAACAGCUUGGAAAACUGUUAGUCACCACACUUACCCUACUCAGCAAAAAACUGCACUGCUAUAAAAUCACACUGGAAUGUGGACCCAACAAUGUGGGCUUCUACCAAAAAUUUGGCUACACGCCUUCGAAGGAGACUUACAUGCAGUGUCGCUUCUCCAACGGAGGACCUCAGCCAGUUUGAAUCUUUUUUGGGGAACCGACGUCAUCUAAGGGAUUGCUCUGUGGUUUGGACUGUGCGUCAAUCGAAGAGCGUCAUCUUGACUUCACAGCAGACGUGAAGGAAAAACAUGUUGGUAACCAUUGCUACCUACUGAUUACAUUCAUCAGGCAUCUGCAGUUAACAUACUGAAUGAAGCUCGUUUAAUCAUCGGCCAUCAAAAGUAAAUGUGAAUUGAACACUAAUCAGUGGAAAAAUGUAUUUAAUUAGGUAUAGAAGUGAAUGUUUUCCACUUGGACAGCUGCAAUGAUCACUUUUUGCAAUGGGACAUUAAUUCUAAGUCAUUUUUGUAAAUUCAUAUUGAAGUUUUUUUUUUAUCUGAGCCACGAGAGGACAUAUUUAAUGGAAUUUAUUGCAGUAAAAUAAAAUAUCAACCAGUA